AUGCAGCAGGACGACAUGGAAAUUUCUAAUGAAGAAAUUAUCUCUGAAGAAGUACACAGUCUUUUUCACGAUGCGUGUAAAUCAGGAAAUAUUCGCUUGUGCAGAACGCUGAUAGAAACUGGACGAGCAGAUGUAAAUUUAAUGGAUAGCUCAGGCCAUACACCCCUUCACAAAAGCAUCCUUUCCAAAAGCCUUCAAGUAACUUCAUUACUUUUAAAAUGUGGAGCAGAGGUGAAUCAGUGUGAUCGUGAGGGAAACACAGGUUUGCACUAUGCCUCCUAUAAUGGUUUCUAUAAGUUAGUCAAGUGUUUGUGCUACUUUGGAGCCAAUCCGAAUUCGCAGAACAAAGAUGGUACCACCCCAUUGCAUUUAGCUGCGCGAUAUGGGUAUCAGAAGUCUUGUCAGAUCCUUGUGUGUUGUGGAAGCGAUAUCAAUGUUCAGGAUCGAGUAGGUCAAACACCAUUGCACGUUGCAGCACUUCACAAUCAGAGGCGUAUUGUGACGAUGCUGUUAAAUUUCCACGCUAGGAUUGAUAUAGUUGACGCUAAAUUAGAUAAUCCGAUGCAUAUUGCAGUAUCAAUGGGACAUGCUGACAUCGUGAAGCAAUUAUUACGAGCCAACAAAGAUAGAAUGGAACUGGACUGUUUUUCUCGUGAUACUAGUAGACCGAAUGAGAAUGUAGAUAUACGUGAGAUGAUUAAUGCUCAAGAUAAACUACCAGACGAUAUCGCCUUGUGCCAACGCUGCCCUGAAAUCUUAAGGAUAAUGGCGUCAGAUAUCACGGAAAAGCAUGAAGUAUCACGAUAUUCAUAUCAUCGUCUGCAUCCUGCUCGAUUGGCAUUGGAAGAUAUUGAAAAUCUUCGAGGAAAUUCAAUGAAUGGAGCAAACAAUGACAUGAUCACAAGUCUCUCAAACUAUAACGGUGGCGAUGAUACAACAUCGUCUGAGGAGGACCUACCAAAAAUGAUGCGCAAACGGGGAUACCCAGAUAAUAAGAAUUUGAAAUACAAAUAUAUUCAUAGUAACUUAAACGAGACAACACCUCCCUCAAACACUGCCGAUUCAUCACCGGAUGAAGAUUUCGAAAAGGAUAAGGUACACAGUCUCUUUCACGAUGCGUGUAAAGCAGGAAAUAUUCGCUUGUGCAGAACGCUGAUAGAAAGUGGACGAGCAGAUGUAAAUUUAAUGGAUAGCGUAGGUCAAACACCAUUGCACGUUGCAGCACUUCACAAUCAGAGGCGUAUUGUGACGAUGCUGUUAAAUUUCCACGCUAGGAUUGAUACAGUUGACGCUAAAUUAGAUAAUCCGAUGCAUAUUGCAGUAUCAAUGGGACAUGCUGACAUCGUGAAGCAAUUAUUACGAGCCAACAAAGAUAGAAUGGAACUGGACUGUUUUUCUCGUGAUACUAGUAGACCGAAUGAGAAUGUAGAUAUACGUGAGAUGAUUAAUGCUCAAGAUAAACUACCAGACGAUAUCGCCUUGUGCCAACGCUGCCCUGAAAUCUUAAGGAUAAUGGCGUCAGAUAUCACGGAAAAGCAUGAAGUAUCACGAUAUUCAUAUCAUCGUCUGCAUCCUGCUCGAUUGGCAUUGGAAGAUAUUGAAAAUCUUCGAGGAAAUUCAAUGAAUGGAGCAAACAAUGACAUGAUCACAAGUCUCUCAAACUAUAACGGUGGCGAUGAUACAACAUCGUCUGAGGAGGACCUACCAAAAAUGAUGCGCAAACGGGGAUACCCAGAUAAUAAGAAUUUGAAAUACAAAUAUAUUCAUAGUAACUUAAACGAGACAACACCUCCCUCAAACACUGCCGAUUCAUCACCGGAUGAAGAUUUCGAAAAGGAUAAGGUACACAGUCUCUUUCACGAUGCGUGUAAAGCAGGAAAUAUUCGCUUGUGCAGAACGCUGAUAGAAAGUGGACGAGCAGAUGUAAAUUUAAUGGAUAGCUCAGGCCAUACACCCCUUCACAAAAGCAUCCUUUCCAAAAGCCUUCAAGUAACUUCAUUACUUUUAAAAUGUGGAGCAGAGGUGAAUCAGUGUGAUCGUGAGGGAAACACAGGUUUACACUAUGCCUCCUAUAAUGGUUUCUAUAAGUUAGUCAAGUGUUUGUGCUACUUUGGAGCCAAUCCGAAUUCGCAGAACAAAGAUGGUACCACCCCAUUGCAUUUAGCUGCGCGAUAUGGGUAUCAGAAGUCUUGUCAGAUCCUUGUGUGUUGUGGAAGCGAUAUCAAUGUUCAGGAUCGAGUAGGUCAAACACCAUUGCACGUUGCAGCACUUCACAAUCAGAGGCGUAUUGUGACGAUGCUGUUAAAUUUCCACGCUAGGAUUGAUAUAGUUGACGCUAAAUUAGAUAAUCCGAUGCAUAUUGCAGUAUCAAUGGGACAUGCUGACAUCGUGAAGCAAUUAUUACGAGCCAACAAAGAUAGAAUGGAACUGGACUGUUUUUCUCGUGAUACUAGUAGACCGAAUGAGAAUGUAGAUAUACGUGAGAUGAUUAAUGCUCAAGAUAAACUACCAGACGAUAUCGCCUUGCGCCUACGCUGCCCUGAAAUCUUAAGGAUAAUGGCGUCAGAUAUCACGGAAAAGCAUGAAGUAUCACGAUAUUCAUAUCAUCGUCUGCAUCCUGCUCGAUUGGCAUUGGAAGAUAUUGAAAAUCUUCGAGGAAAUUCAAUGAAUGGAGCAAACAAUGACAUGAUCACAAGUCUCUCAAACUAUAACGGUGGCGAUGAUACAACAUCGUCUGAGGAGGACCUACCAAAAAUGAUGCGCAAACGGGGAUACUCAGAUAAUAAGAAUUUGAAAUACAAAUAUAUUCAUAGUAACUUAAACGAGACAACACCUCCCUCAAACACUGCCGAUUCAUCACCGGAUGAAGAUUUCGAAAAGGAUAAGAAAUCGUCAGCCAAAUGA